AUGGGGACCUCACCUGUUGGUAACCGGCCAUUCGACAUCAAUUCAACGUCGCCAUUGCGCACCCCGAUCCUCUCCUUUACGUCCAUUGAUAAGUCAUUCAAAAUGGGCGGCGGCGGAAAAGUCCCUUACCCUAAGCACGUCUGGUCCCCAGCCGGUGGUUGGUACGCGCAGCCUGCCAACUGGCGCGGCAAUACUCUGAUUGCUGGUGUCGUCAUGGCCGGUAUCGUGGCUGUUACUUGGAAGUUCAGCUCUGAGCGAGAACAAUGGGCGCACCGACCUGAGCCAGGUCAAUGGUACGCCAGCCGACACUGGUCAAAGCAGUUGAAGCAGUGGGAUGCGGAGGACCGUGAGAACUCAACAAAGAGCGAAUAG